UACAGCACGUCUCACUGUGUCUCCAGGAUUUCUGCUGGCAGCUGGGUCAGGGAGCUUGUGUAGAGCAGAGCUGCAUGCACUAUGCACAGUAGCCUGGCACAGUGUGACAUUUGUAGAGCAGAACAUAUAGUACAGGCAGGUCACAUAUGUAGCACAUAGUGCAGGGACAGGUUAGCUCUCAAGGCUGUGAUCCCUGCAACAUCAUUCACCAGAGCUGCUUACUUCAUAUCUACAGGAGCCAGCAAGGAUUCUGCAGCUGGUAUUGAAAAGUUUUUUUACCAUUCGUGAAGGGAUGAGUAACAGGGCUGUGCACCUCAGUCAACUACACUCAUAGGGUCUAUUGGGUUGGAUGACAUUUAUUUGUUAUUGCAGUGCCAAGAAGGAACUGGGAAGUGUUUAUCUUUCUAAAAAUAAAAAGGAAGACUUGGAUAUUUUGGAAAUUCCUAACAUUGGAUUAUUAGACUUUACACCAUGCUUUGGAUCUGGGGACCCAUACUACUGUCACUUUGCUCUGGUGCUGAUGUGAAACCUGGCAGCUGCAAUGAGGUCAGACAGGCAUAUAGUGCAAAGGGAUUCAGCCUGGCCAAUGUCCCCUAUCACGAGAUAGCAGGGGAGCAUCUACGAGUAUGUCCUCACGAAGAUACAUGCUGCACAACUAAAAUGGAAAAUAAACUUAGUCAGCAAAGCAAAUUGGAGUUUGAAAAUUUAGUCCAAGAAACAAGUCAUUUUGUCCGCUCCACCUUUAUAUUGUGGCACAGAAAGUUUGACGAGUUUUUCAAAUCUCUUCUGGAGAAUGCUGAAAAAUCUCUUCAUGAAAUAUUUGUAAGGACUUAUGGGUUGCUUUACACACAGAACUCAGAAAUAUUCCAGGACUUAUUUACUGAGCUAAAACUCUACUACACUGGAGGAAAUGUCAACCUAGAAGAAAUGCUGAAUGAUUUCUGGGCUCGUCUGUUAGAACGUAUGUUUCAGCUGAUAAAUCCUCAAUAUCAUUUUUCUGAAGACUAUCUUGAAUGUGUCAGCAAAUACAUUGAUCAACUAAAACCAUUCGGAGAAGUACCAAGGAAACUGAAAGCUCAAGUUACUAAAGCUUUUGUUGCGGCUCGAACAUUUGUCCAAGGUCUAACUUUAGGCCGGGAAGUGGGCAACAAAGUAUCCAAGCUCAGCCCAAAUGCUGGAUGUCUCAGAGCAUUACUGAAGAUGCUGUAUUGUCCCUACUGCCAUGGAAUGCCGGAAUUGAAGCCUUGUACCAACUACUGCCUCAACGUCUUGAAGGGUUGUUUGGCCAAUCAGGCCGAUUUGGACAUUGAAUGGAAUCUCUUUGUCGAUGCUAUGCUUCUAGUUGCUGAAUUGUUGGAGGGCCCAUUCAAUAUUGAGUCAAUUAUGGGUCCUAUCGAUGUGAAAAUUUCUGAAGCCAUCAUGAACCUGCAAGAAAACAGCGUGCAAGUGUCAGGGAAGGUAUUUCUUGGAUGUGGCCAACCUAAAUCCCUUCAUUCAUCAAGAACAUUGAGAUCAUUCUCAGGAAGACGUCACAUAUACUUUAAAGCCUACAGUUUACAUGAGAAACCUACAACUGCUGCUGGAACGAGUAUGGACAGACUGAGGACAAUAUGGAGGACAAUGCAGUAUGGGGUAACAGAAAUCAAAGACAGACUUAAGAUUUCAAAGAAAAUGUGGUCCACGUUACCCCAUUCUAUAUGUAAGGAAGAGAGAAUGACAGGAGGAGAAUCCAAUCAGGAACGGUGCUGGAAUGGUCACAGCAAAGCUCGGUACCUGCCUGAAGUCAUGACGGAUGGCCUGAUAAAUCAGAUCAAUAAUCCGGAGGUGGAUGUAGACAUCACAAGGCCGGACACAUUUGUAAGACAGCAAAUUAUGGCACUACGAGCAAUGACAAACAAGCUGAGGAACGCUCUCAGUGGAAAUGAUGUCAAUUUUCAAGACACAAGUGAAGAAACAAGCGGCUCAGGAAGUGGCAGUGGCUGCACAGAUGACAUCUGUCCCACGGAGUAUGACUACAUCACCACAGAGGCUCUACCCAUUGAGCCAGACAGGAGAGAGCUGGAAUAUUCUGCUGCACCCGCCAUUCAACAGUCACUCAUGGCACUGUUAACACCAAUUGUCUUAGUACUGGGGAGACAAUGGAGAUAAUCAAAACAUUUCCAGGACAACAACAGAAACUUUUUUAGUUAUGAAAAUAGUCAAUUAUCUUCUUUUUAAUACAUGCCUGGACAAUGGACCAUUUCCCUCCAAAUGCUGACAAUUUUCUACGUACAUUCUUCUUACCUAUAUCCCGGUGUCGUUAUUUCUUUACUCCAGCAGAAAUCUCACUCCUGGUUCCUUUAAUAAAUGUCUUCAUUCCCAGAGACUUUUUGGUAUUUAACAUCUAUUGCUUUUACCUGUACUUAAGAAUUUGUUGGGGCUCAUACUAAUCAUUAACUGUUUAAAGGGGCUCACUAUACAUAUAUGUCACAGAUUGCAUCUCAAUGGGAUUUAUUAGAUAUUUUUUUUAUUGCACUGAAUCAUUCAUUUUUACUUUUUUUUACUUUUUUUUUUACUUUUAUUAUUUUAAGGAUUUUUGAAUGAUUUUGAGAACAGCUACCCAGUAAGAGUUAAUUUUUAUGGACUGUGGCUAUAUUGGUUCUGCUUCAGUUGAUUUGUUUCAUUUAACAGCUUUUAUUCUCUUUUAUUCUAAAACAGAUUUAAUUCUAAAAUAGGCCCAGCUCACCUUUCCUAUCAAUUUUAAAAUUAAGGCAAGAGAUAAUAAAAUGAAAUACUUGUGCAAUACUUCUAAACCCUAGAAAUUUGGCAUACAUGUCUUUUGAAUUCCUCUUACAUUUAAUCACUAUUAAAAAUGUCUA